GCGAUGGCCCGGCUUUCGUGCGCCGUGUCAGUCGCUGCCGUCGGCCCUGGCCAACAGCGACUGACACGGCGGGAGAGAGAGAGAGAGAGGCCCCUUGACGUUUUGUUUUUUGUUUUUUCCUCUGCGGCAACUCUGCACGACACCGCCUGCUUCCUCUCCCUCGGAAACAAAGGCGAAGGAGAUCGGUUGUAUAGUACCCUGCGCCGCGGCGGGGCGUGUGGCGGGGGCCGGGGCACAGCGGAGAGCGUCGCGGGCAGCGGCGAUGCGGCGUUUUUCUCACGGCUUGCCGGGACUGUUGCAGGGCCAUCGCUCUCGACGUACGGCUUCGGCGUUUUGCUCCACCGGCGGGCAGCCGCCGACGCCGGGCGGGCAGCCACGAGCAGCUUCUCAUUUUUCCAGCGGCGCCGCACCUUCGGGUGCGUCUCUCGCGGUGUCGCCGGCGCCGCCGGGACGCGAGCUGAGCGCUGCUGA